ACUAUGAUAAUUAGAUGUAAUGUGUACAUGAUUGUGUCUCUACGCCCCAAGAGCAUGUGUACACGCAUUUCAUACUGUAACGUGAAGCGCGCUGUUCAUCUCGACAAGUCGCGUGCGCAUACAAUCCCGGACCGCUUCACCCGCGCGCUCUCCAGUCCCAUUUGCCAACGAGGUGCUAGGGAUCCAAAUAUUUCCAUAAAAUAUUUAUCUAUUAGAGACCUCGUUACAUCUUAAUUUAAAAAUGUAUACUACAUUAGUGGCUUAUUUUUUGUUCUAAAAUAAGUUCUACUUACACUGCGGUCAGUGAAAACUGUGCUUCAGAUUUUUAUCGCGCGAAUGCAGCUUGAGUAAAAGCGGUUUGAGAACAUUUCAGUGGAUUAAUGUAUAAUGAUCAGCAUGUACGCAAAUCAAGGGCGUAAUCGGAACAUGUACGGGACAGUACGAUCCAUGAUGCCGUCGCGAACGACGCCCCUCGCCCCCGCUAUCGAGGACAUAAUGUACACAGCGCCUUAUUUCUACCACAUACCACCACCGCCACAACCCUUAAAUACUUAUCCUGGAAGGAAACGUCGUAAAAGGACGGCAGACCGCAACAGCGGGUGGGAGACGCACAGGGUGCGGCUAAAUCGAGUGCCGGGCUACGGCUUCGGUAUCGCCGUUUCUGGAGGGAGGGACAACCCGCAUUUUGCAAGUGGAGACCCGUCCAUUGCCGUCUCCGAUGUACUGCGCGGAGGCCCCGCUGAAGAAAAACUGCAAGUGAACGACCGGAUUCUGUCAGUAAACGGGGUGCCGUUGGAGAACGUGGAGUAUGCCCGCGCAGUGCAAGUACUACGGGACUCGGGGGCGACUGUCUCCCUUGUGGUACGACGCCGUGCGCCUGCGCCGCCCCCCACGGCGCCGACGACUAUCAAACUGUCACUAGCCAGGAACGGGAAGAAGGAAGACUUCGGCAUUGUGUUAGGAUGCAAGCUCUACGUCAAAGAGCUAACAAUGCGAGCAAGAGAGCAGUUGAAUCAAGCAGGGCAAGGGCUUUGUGAAGGAGAUGUUGUCACACGUAUCAACAACAACCCGGUGACCGACGCGAUGACCUUGAAGGAAGCCCGCAAGCUCAUAGAAUCGUGCAAGGACCGCCUUAACCUCGUCGUGACGAGAGAACUCAUCAGGGAGGAGACCGUCACUAAUGGCAGUUAUCAGAACAACUAUAACAGCUUAGAGGCGACGCCGAACGUUUACUCAGGUGGGGAGCAAUUGUCGUCGGCGUACUCAAGCAGCGGGCAGAAUCUGUACGUUGCGGCGCCAGUGCGCGGGGGAGCGGGGGGCGCUGGCGACCUGAGGAGGGGACCCAUGUCCCACGAGGGCCAUGACCAGCCACCACGACCGCCGCCACCUAGAAACGAUGAUUAUUACAGCAGCAGAAGGCAGCUCUUCGAUGAAGACGGCAUGCCUAAUCAGAGGAAUAAACCACCAAGCGAGCCGCGCCUCAUAAGCUUCCAGAAAGAGGGCUCGGUGGGUCUGCGGCUGUGCGGUGGCAACCGUUCGGGUGUGUUCGUGUCCGGGGUGCAACCCACCAGCCCUGCAGCGCUGCAGGGUCUGCAACCAGCUGAUAAAAUACUCAAGGUAAACGAUAUGGAGAUGAAGGGUGUGACCCGUGAAGAGGCAGUGCUGUUUCUGCUGAGCCUGCAAGAACGCAUAGAUCUCAUUGUGCAACAUUCGCCGGACGAGUACAAUGCUGUCGCCAGCGGACAAAUGCCUGGAGACUCGUUUCACAUAAAGACUCACUUCCAUUAUACGGAGCCGACGGACGGCGAGAUGUCGUUUCGUUGCGGGGACGUGUUCCAUGUCGUGGACACGUUGCACAACGGCACCGUCGGCGCUUGGCAGGUCUACAGAAUAGGUCGCAACAAUCAAGAAGUACAGAAAGGCACGAUUCCGAACAAGGCGCGUGCAGAAGAGCUUGCAACGGCGCAGUUCAAUGCCACCAAGAAAGAAAUGUCUGGCAACGACGGCAAACACAACUUCUUCCGCCGUCGGCGCUCCACACAUCGCCGCAGCAAGAGCUUGGGCAAAGAGCAUUGGGACGAAGUAGUCCUUUCCGAUAGUAUCAGCAAGUUUCCGGCCUAUGAACGUGUGGUGCUAAAACAGCCCGGCUUCGUGCGUCCUGUCAUCGUGUUGGGGCCCGUAGCCGACAUUGCUCGUGAGCGGUUGCUUACUGAGAGCCCUGACAAGUUCGCUUCCCCCAAAAUGGACAAUACAUUAGAAGACAGCAAGACAAAGUCCACAGGCAUCAUUCGCUUGUCAAGCAUCCGUACGAUCAUGGAGCGGGGCAAGCACGCCCUGCUCGAUAUAACUCCGAACGCUGUGGACCGCCUUAACUACGCCCAGUUCUACCCAAUUGUGAUAUUUUUGAAAGCCGACAAUAAGCACAUUAUCAAACAAUUGCGAGCUGGAUUGCCCAAAUCUGCGCAUAAGUCGUCGAAGAAGCUUCUAGAGCAGUGUCAGCAUAUGGAACGAGUUUGGGGCCACGUGUUCACUCACACCAUCACGCUCAGCGAGGCCAACCAAAGCACAUGGUUCGCCAAACUCACUGACCUCAUUAACAGAACCCAGCAACAACAGCUAUGGGUCUCUGAGACCAAGAGGCCUGAGCCGUUGUCUGACGAUUUCUUAUUCUCAAUGUCGUCGAGUACGGAGAAUAGACUGUCUUACGCGUCGAGUCCAGAGAGUGACUUGGAAGUGAGUCCCCCGCCGGCGCCGCGUCUCGUGAAAUCGUCGUCCGACCCAUCGAUCGCCACCACACAGGACAAUAUGGAUCGCGACGAUGACAUGAAUCACAUGGGCGACGCUGUCCCUCCUCCGUAUACGCAAGGUGGAUAUGGAGACAGCAAGUACGGGUUCUCAUCGAACACGAACGGGGCUACAAACAACGGGGUAAAUCACGGCGGUCAAAGCGGUCACAGCAUGGGGCCCCCGCAGGCUGAGGCCCCGCCAUACCACGCCAACCCGAUGGCUCAUUCUCCACCGCACUCCCCGCUAUAUGGAACUGCAGUGCCCGAGCUGCCUCCGCGUGGAGGUGUGAACCGACCCGCGGGCGGAGUACUGCUGCCUGCGCCGCCGCCGGGUCGUCCGCCGCACACGCUUAGACAUAAUCCCUCUACAAACCGGCCAAGUGCACAGGAACGUCUUUUUGGUCCGUCCAAGGAGGGCAGCGACGAGGCGUCGACGUACACCGCGCGGCCCACCAGCAUGAUCAUACAGCCUACGCAGAGUCAGGGCUCGCUGGACAGACAUCGCCAUCCCUCUAACCCGCAGAGCUCGUAUGAUGGCACUUCGUCGUAUGACUACAGCAGCGCGUCGAACAACGGGUCGGUGUUGGGUUCGCGGCUUCCGCCUAACGCGCCCGACGACCUAAAAGUAGCGCCGCCUUCUAUAAAAAUGGAACCGCCGCCUCCACCGAACCCGACGGCAAUGUCUGCUCAGAGUCCACAGCGAAACUCCAACUCGCACGAGCACAACUCUCUCGACUAUAGGAACGCAGAAAGUAAUUAUAGGUUAGGAGAGAACUACCGCUCGCCACAGCAGAGUCGGCCUCCGCCGGUGAACGGUAACAGCCCACACACACCCAUGCACACAAGAGGACCUUCACUGCCCAACGUGCCAAACAAUGACCAUGCUAAGUACAGCGGACGCACAAAUUCGGCAUCACAAGCGGACUACAGUGGACGCGGCGGUGCCCCCGUGCCGCCAUACAAGCCUGUUCCACCACCAAAACCUAAACACUACAGACCGCCCGAUAACACGCACCACCCUAGGAAUGGAAGCAUGGAGCCGCCUCCCCCCGCACCAGUGCACCAGUCCCCGCGGCCACCCGCUCCCGCCGGUUACCCUCACUACUCGCACCAACACUCACACUCGCAACCGGCUCACCGACCCGGGCCGCAUCCCCAUAAUAACUAUCAACAGCAAAACAUGUACGGUGGUCAGAUGCCGCCUCAGUCGCCGCCAUAUUCUGGUCCGCCAUCGCAUCAUCGCGCGAUCAAUCUGCCACAUAACCCUCAUCUCAUCGAUCUGGCUGGGAGCCGGGAACAACGCGGCUCGGCAUUCGAGCUUUAUAGAAAACCUCAGCACAUGCAUAACAUAAGCUCGUCUGAUGUCAUGAACUCCAGUGUAGAACGCGACGAGACUAUCUCCCCAAAAACUAAAAAGAAAUUGUCCAAAAAGCCGUCGUUCAUUAAAAAUGCUGUUCUCGAUCUAUUCCGUUCGAAAACGAAAACCUCGCAAAAAGUGUCUCGACAGAAGUCACUAUGUGAAAGUGACUUGCAACAGAGACAUAUGGUCCCGAUGCCUAUGCUGAGACGCGAAAAAUCCGACCUCGGAGAGAUGAGCAUACACAUGAGAAACACGCAAAUAAGGAAUCAAAUGUUGCAACGAAGCAACUCGUCCUCAUGCGAAAAACCCGUUUUGAAACCGAUUCUGAAACGACAAAGUUCAUUUUGUGAUGAUAGGAGUGGAGCUAUUUGUACCGUCAGAGAUUAUGACGCUAAGCCAAUCCUGAAGAACCUAAAAAGACAAAAUUCUAUGUGUGAAAUAGAAACAGAACCGAAAGUUACCCCGCUGUUGCGUAGACAGAACUCUCUUAUAGAAUACAAUAGGAGGGGUAUCUAUGGACACCCAUCCAGCUUUAACAUGAUUACUAAAAUAGACCCCAUUUACCAAAGGCAACAACAGUUGCAGACUGAGUCGUUCAACCCAUCGCAACCAUUACCUCCAGAACCUCGUUACCAAAGCAAAGAGCAUAUUAUUUAUGACCCCAUACCUAAACCGAGAAGGACAUACGCUUCUCUGUACGACACUUCUACCGAGAAUACUUACGCUAGCAGAUCGGAAAUGUCCAAUCAAAGCUUUGAGAAUCCUUAUGGAAACAGGCAGUCGGUCGGCAUGCCUCAUAUGGAACCACCGUAUGAAAGUAGAGCCGACUGCGUAAGAGAAAACCCAUAUGCCACAAGACACGAGUUAAUAUCAGAAAGUCCGUACGCUACGAAACUGGAUAUGAAUAAACAGGUAGAAUCGCUGUAUAGUGAGUCACCUUAUUCCAGCAAGGAGCAAAUGCUAAGGCAAAGGAUGAUAUCUGAAAGUCCUUACGCUACUAAGGAAGAAAUGUUACGCCAGAGGUUCUCAGAAUCACCAUACACAACAAAAGAAGAAAUGUUGAAACAAAGAAUGGACGGUGCCUUUAAUACACACAAGGAACCUCUGUAUGGUAAAAGAACAUAUGAACCUCCUCCCAGUACGUCUUGGUCAGAGAGUCCUUACUGCGUUAGGUCUGAGAGAAGGUUACAAACGCCUGUAAACUUUCCAGGCAGAGUAUCACCAAUGAGCAAAUGCAUGAGCGAGCCUCCUUACGCCUCCAGAACAGAAAUGUUGGCAAGACUUGGACAGACGGAGUCGCCAUAUGCUUCACGAUCUGAAGUUAAGUCUAGUUGCUCAGAUUCUCAUUACAGCAGUCGAUCGGAAAUGUCUGAUUUCAGGCCAGAAUACAGACCACCUUCUAUAGAAUGUGCCUAUGUAUCUAAACAAGAGAUAUUGUCUCAAAAAGCUUCUUUCCAGGCAAGCAAAGAGUCGAGUUUGAAAUUAGAGGAAAAGUUGGUAAUCAUUAAACAAAGAAAUCAAGCUAAGAAAGAAAUGAUAUACCAGACUAGAAAAGAAGUCAACGAAAGUGACGCUACUAAAAUAAGAGAACCAUUGUAUGUUUCCAAAAGGGAACUAAAAGAGAGCGUUAUAUAUGAGUCACAACAAGAAGCUAAGGAAGUAACGCAAAUUUUAGUAGAAGAUAGUAGCGCAAGAAGUAGCCCAUACGAGCUUAGUGAUGCUAACCAUUUGUCACGUCAAACUAAAGCAGAAGCUGACGCUGCUAUUAAAAUUGACACAUUCCAAGAAAUAGACUUCUCGAAACUUAGGCUUACCGAAUCCAAAACAGACGCAGAAAAAGAAAAGUCUAUGAACGUGGAAAGUAAUAUACUAAAAGGCGAACCCACUUAUGCCCCUAGAUUGCAUGGCAAAGCCGACCACAUCUCUAAUGCCUUGAAGGUUACCACUUCUCCUGUACCUUAUGAAUCUACUACCUCAAUGGAAACACAGUAUGCAUCUGAAUGCAGCAUGAAUUUUGAAAAUAAACCUCAGAGCACACCCUAUACAUCCCAAGAUUUAGAAGAGCGAUCAAAACCGAGCAGAAGCGUUACUUUCUGUGAGCAAAUAGUUGAAAGAAGUGAAGACACAAGUCCAGAUACUUCUGAGAAUGUAUCUGCAACGCAAAAUGAAACGACGGUUAUCAAUGAUCAGAACACAGUAGUACAAGUUUCAGACUCCGACGAUAAUGAAUCUGCUACUAAAGCGGCAGAGGUUGAACCUGAUGGACCUCAUACAACUUGGGGAAUAUUUGACAGCGAAGGUGGCGUGUUAGAGGAUAGACAAUGGGGCGUUUCUUUGAUUAUUCCACCGAAAGCAAUUGCUCCAGGCAUCAAGCAAAAGAUCUACUUUACGGUGUCAGAUCCGAGACUGAGCCAGCGCGUGGGGGGACCUCCAAUCGAUAUGGACAACGGUGAAGCGAUGCUCUCUCCACUGGUAAUGUGCGGGCCACAGGGUUUGGUCUUUUUGAAGCCGGUCACCCUUCGCCUGCCACACUGCGCCAACGCAGUGCCUUCUUUAGGGUUGACGAUUAAGGCCACUGACACCGAGGCGCACCUCAGCACCGACUGGGACCAGAUCCACCUCCCGGCAACCACCACCCUCAAUACAGUUGCCGUGAAAGUAGACCACUUCUAAGCAUAUCUUCGACGUACUGGCAAUAUUUAAUUGCACAAAAAUUAAAGACAACCCA